AUGGCCACACUAAGCACGCCCAUCAAGCCCCUCAAACGCGCAACCGCCAGCCCCUUCGACGCGGAGCGCAAAGACACCCUCCGAGACGCCGGGCUCAGCGUCGAAACGCACACCAACACGGUGGCGAUCUACCUCGACAUCGACCCGUGGACGGACCCCCUGGACCCAGCGGAUGUGAUUUUAGCAUCUCGACGGGAACUGGAGCGGAAAAUGACAAUGGGCGAGGAGGGUUACGCGAACGCGUCGGGCAUUAUUCAGGACAAUCGCAUUCGGGUGUAUUGGGGGUUUCCGUCGGAGGCCCAGACGGCGGAAGAGGUGUUCAAGGAGGCGUGGAUAUACAAUAUGGCGUUUGAAGAUGUGGCGGAGAAGGGGAAGAAGAAGUUUACAUUCCCGGCGGUGUUGGAUGAGUGUUGUCUGGUUGAUGUUUUUGCGCCUGGGCGCUCUGGCACGGAGACUAAUGUUUCUGUUACGGAUGCUGGGUAUUCUUCUUGGGAGGCGUUUCUCGCGAAUAUCAAGCCUGCUUUUCCGAGUAAAGACAAGCCUGGGACUUAUUGUGGGUUUUAG